AUGGUAAUAUUUUUCCUUUUAAUUUUAACUAUCUUUGAAUUGUUUUUGAUAAAUGGUAUUCAUUAUGGAAAGAGUAUUUCAAGAAGCUUACAAGAUAGUACUGUUCUUUUAGUAAUAACAAAAAAAAAAGAUAAAGUAGGUUAUUGUGGUGGAAAUUUAUUAUCAAACAAUUUGAUUGCAACAGCAGCUCAUUGUGUUACUGGAAUAAAUAAUAAUAAACAAAUAAAUAUUAUGAAAGGUUUUAAAAGUUUGCCAUUUAUGGUAAAUAAACAAAUGAAUGAAGAAAAUGUUAAAAUUUUAUGGAUUGAAGUUCAUCCAUCUUAUCAAAAAUAUUCUACUUCUUCUAUUUUUGAUAUUGCUCUGAUAGGAAUUGAAAAAAUUGUUGAUUGUUGUUUAGAUAUUUUAGAAUCUCCAAGUAUAGCAAUUUUACCAUUUUAUUUAAAUGAUGGGAAUAAUAUUAUUGAUAAUAAUUUUAAUUAUUGUUUUAUUACUGGACAUGGGAAGAAUGAAAAUAAUAUUUUAACAGAACAAUCAAAAGGAAUUAUUUAUAAAAAAUUUUUACUUUUCAAAUAUAUAAAUAAUACAAAUUUUAUUGGUUAUUAUGAUAAUUUAUCAAUAGAAAAAGAAAAAUUUGAUCAAGGUGACUCAGGGAAUGGACUUUAUUGCAAGAUAAAUGAUAAAAUAUAUUUAAUUGGUAUUGCAUCUAGUUGUUAUUAUAAAAAUAAUAUUGAAAAUAUUAUUGAUAUAAAUACAUUUACAAUUAUAUUCUCAGAAUCUAUAAAAACAUUUAUUAUUAAUGUGAUUAAAAGAAAAUAUCUAAUAAACGAUAUAAAUAAAUUAAAUAAAAUGUGCCUCGAAAAUAGUAAUUCAAUGUUAAAAGUAUAUAAUAAUUUAUUAUAA